AUGGCCGGAGUGGCUCGCAAGUCCCGUCGCGAGAGCCGGCGUUUCAUCACUGAACCCAUUGCCAUUGUGGGAAGCAGCUGUCGCUUCCCAGGCAGCUCAAGCUCUCCAUCGAAGCUAUGGGAGCUUCUGAAGAACCCCAAGGAUAUUCUCAAGGAGAUACCAGAAAGUCGGUUCAAUCCAGAAGGAUUUUACAACGACAAUGGAGAAUAUCACGGCAGCACGAAUGUGAGACAUUCGUAUCUCCUCGACGAAGAUUUCCGCGAAUUCGAUCACAAUUUCUUCAACAUCCAUCCAAAAGAAGCAGAGUCUAUGGAUCCCCAGCAGCGCAUGCUACUGGAGAUUGUUUUUGAGUGCCUGGAAGCGGCAGGGUACUCGAUCCAAGAGAUGAAGGGAUCUCAGACAGCCAUUUUCGUUGGACAGAUGACUCAGGACUACUCAGAUUUAUUACUGCGAGACGUAGACAGUGCACCACAGUAUGCUGCGACUGGUAUCUCCAGAGCAAUUCUGUCCAAUCGAGUGUCGUACUUUUUCGAUUGGAAAGGACCAUCAUCCACGAUAGAUACGGCAUGCUCGUCAAGUUUGGUAGCGUUGCAUCAUGCCGUGCAAACACUCAGGAGCGGAGAGUCGUCACUGGCGGUGGCAGCCGGUGUGAAUUUGAUUCUCGGCCCUGAUCCAUACAUCCUCGAAUCCAAGCUUCACAUGUUAUCUCCGACAGGCAGAUCACGCAUGUGGGACGCUGGAGCUGAUGGCUACGCGCGAGGCGAAGGCUUUGCGUCAGUGCUUCUCAAGACUCUGAGCCAAGCGAUUGCAGACGGUGAUCAUAUUGAAUGCAUAAUUCGAGAAACGGGCGUCAACCAGGAUGGGCGCACAUCUGGUAUCACCAUGCCUAGCUCUACAUCUCAGACUGCAUUGAUUCGCUCUACCUAUGCCAGGGCUGGCUUAGAUUGGCGAAAAAAAGAAGACCGCUGCCAGUAUUUUGAGGCUCACGGCACAGGAACUAACGCCGGAGAUCCCAUCGAAGCUAGGGCGGUGAGAGACGCAUUCUUCCCAGAGACCGACGAAGAUGAAGAUCAGACUACGAAUCUUGAAGCAGAUGAGCCUCUUUAUGUUGGAUCAAUAAAGACUGUAAUCGGUCAUUUGGAAGGGACUGCUGGGUUGGCUGGAUUAUUGAAAGCCUCUCUGGCUAUCCAGAAUGGAAUAAUUCCUCCCAACAUGCACUUUAACAAACUCAACCCCAAAAUCUCGCCCUUCUAUACCAACCUCCACGUACCGACGAAAGCCAGGGCAUGGCCUACACUGUCUCCUGGAACUCCAAGGCGCGCAAGUGUCAACAGCUUUGGAUUUGGAGGAACCAAUGCGCACGUCAUCCUUGAGAGCUGGACUCCGGAGGAUAUUCACCAGGAAGACGUUCUAGAAGUUCCUUGUGGCCCUCUUACUUUAUCCGCCAACACAGAGAAGGCUCUGUUAGCCAGGGCUCGCCAUAUUUCUGAAGCUUUGAAGGCUGGAAAGAUAGCGAAUCUCUCCAAUUUAGCCUGGACGAUGCAGUGUCGUCGCACACAAUUCCCAUACAAGAUGUAUGUUUCUUCGUCUACCGCCGAAGGGCUCAUCGAGAAAUUAGAUGACGUGGAAUCAAAGUCAAACUCAAUCGCUACAAAAGGCAUCCAUGUUACAGAAGAUCUCCCAGCGCGGAUACUGGGCGUCUUUACAGGCCAGGGUGCCCAAUGGCCUUCAAUGGGACGUCGUCUGUAUGAGAAGUCAACCACCUUUAAACACACAAUUGACCAGCUUGAAGAAUCGCUGAAGAAUUUGCCUGACGCGCCAUCUUGGUCGCUCGUAUCGGAGCUGAUGGCACCACCUGAAAAGUCUAGAAUACACGAAGCAGCCAUCUCACAGCCUUUAUGCACCGCUUUGCAGGUUGCACUUGUCGAUCUUCUCUAUGCUUCCGGCAUCACGUUCAGCGCUGUUGUCGGCCACUCAUCUGGAGAGAUUGGCGCGGCUUAUGCCGCUGGUUAUAUCGAGGCUGCAGAUGCCAUCCGGAUCGCGUAUUACCGUGGUGUUCACGCUCACUUGGCCGGUGGACCGAACGGUCAGAAAGGCAAGAUGAUGGCGGUUGGCAUGGGGUUGGAGCAAGCCCGAGCUUUCUGCUCGCAAGAGAAACUUGCAGGCAGAAUUCAUGUAGCUGCCAGCAAUUCUCGAUCCAGCGUCACUCUCUCUGGUGAUGCGGAUGCCGUGGAUGAAGCCAAGGAGCUACUUGAUAGCCAGCAAUCAUUUGCGAGACUUCUCAAGGUUGACAAAGCCUACCAUUCGCAUCAUAUGCAACCUUGUGCAGAACCAUAUCUCGAAUCUCUUCAGAAGCUAAAUAUUCAGAUUAACACUGAAAAGCUAAAGUGCAAGUGGUACUCUAGUGUUUAUGGCUCAAACGGCCGCUCGAUUGACAAUACGGAUGCCUUCAAGGAUACCUAUUGGGUAGAUAAUAUGGUCAAGCCAGUGCUCUUUUCGCAAGCUAUUGACAGAGCUGUCACCGAAGAGCACUGCCACGAUAUUGCAUUGGAAGUAGGGCCACAUUUUGCCCUCAAGGCACCUGCAUCGGAAAGCUUGAAGAAUCUCACUGGUCUAGAUAUACCAUAUUCGGGUGUCCUAAGCCGAGGGCAGGAUGACAUGGAGGCCUUUUCAGACGCUCUUGGUUUUAUCUGGUCCAAAUUCCAAUCUCCUUCUCCCGUUGUGGAUUUCGCUGGAUUUAGAAAAGCAUGCCUUGGAGAUGAUGUUGGUCGAGCCAUGACUCUUAAAGGCCUCCCACCCUAUCCUUGGGAUCAUGCUAGUAAGCUGUGGAAAGAAUCCCGAAAGUCGCGAAUCUAUCGAUCUCGCAAAAACCCGAUUCACGAACUGCUCGGCUAUCCCACGUCCCACGGAAACAAUCGCGAGGUCACUUGGCGCAAUGUGAUGAGGAUUCAAGAGAUGGAAUGGCUGCGAGGACACAUCUUCCAGAACCAGGUCCUCUUCCCCGCUGCUGGAUACGUGUCCAUGGCUUACGAAGCAUCCAUACGUCUUGCAGCUGAGCACGAAGAGGUACGGCUUGUCGAGCUUGAGGAUCUCAUUAUUCACCGCGCUAUUACUUUGGAAGAUGACGCAGCCGGCACAGAAGUGACUUUUACGAUCCGAGUCAUAGAUCGAACCUCGGAUAACAUCACAGCUGAAUAUUCGUGCUACAGCUGCAAAGUGGAUGGAGAAGUCACUGAACACUCUGAGAGUACAAACUUCACUGGACGUGCUAUCGUCCGUCUCGGAAAGCCUGCGGUAGAUGCUUUGCCGCCCAGGAUUGCACCGAAGCUACCAAUGAAGCCUGUUGGUGUAGAUCGUCUUUAUAAGUACAUGGAGCAAGUCGGCCUUCGUUACACGGGAGACUUUACAAUUGAGGCUGUCGAAAGACGAUUGAACGUGUCGACGGUAACACUCAAGCGUCUUGAUAACGAUAGGCUUCGUCUGCACCCUGCAACUCUUGACGCUGCCUUUCACGGAAUAUUCACUGCGUUGGCAUUUCCUGGAGAUGGCCAGCUAUGGACCCCAUAUCUUCCAACCAACGUGCGCCGUGUUCGCAUCAACCCUGCCGCCUUGGAAGCCUCUGCAUCCGCAGACGCAUCUUCCGAGCUACUAGCGGACUGCUACCUUAGAGAUGCCAACUCAAAGAAGAUCCAGGGCGACGUUGAUAUCACUUCGACUGCCAUAGGACACCCACAGAUCCAGCUGCACGCUCUAACCUGCUCUUCUUUUACCAAGGCUACUCCGCAGAACGAUCGUAAGCUUUUUGCAAAGACUGUCUGGAAGAGAGACAUUGCGAGUGGCAUUGAUCCUGAGAAGAUUGAGUACCUGACCGAGGAAGAAGUCGAGUAUGGUGAUACUUGUGAGCGUCUUGCCUACUUCUACCAUAGGCGACUCCGUGAUGCCAUCAAGCCAGAGGAUAUCCCCAAGAUGGAUGAGCAUUUCCAGAUCCAAUUUGACUGGAUUGUGAAUUAUCUUCUUCCCAAGAUUGAAGCUGGACAACACCCGCGUAUCAAAAAGGAAUGGGUCACUGAUACGGCGGAAGACGCAGCAGCUUGGAGGGCAAAAUACCCAGGAAUGGUAGAAUUACAGAUGAUAUCAGCACUCGGAGAAGUCCAGCCUUCAAUUCUGCGAGGCGAGCUGCCAGCUCUGCAGGUCAUGAUGCAAGACGAUAUGCUUACGCGGCUUUACGCUGAAGCAGUUCCAUUCCGACAAACUUACAGCCAUCUUGUCACGGUAACCAGUCAAUUAGCUCACCGUUACCCCCGCUUGAAAGUUCUGGAGAUUGGUGCUGGUACUGGUGGUGCCAGUGUGCAUAUGCUAAAGGAACUUGUGGGCCGUUGCCAUUCAUAUACCUAUACGGAUAUCUCUGCUGGUUUCUUUGAAGCUGCGCAGGAGCGUUUCCGCGAAUACUCAUCCAUGAUGGAAUGGGCGGUGCUAGAUAUUGAGCGUGAUCCUCUGGGACAGGGCUUUGAAGAACAUUCCUUUGAUGUCAUCAUGUCUUCAAACGCCCUGCACGCGACAAAGUCUCUAAAAAAGACACUAGCUAACUGCCGAACACUGUUGAAGGCAGGCGGUUACCUGAUCCUCAAUGAAGUUACCAACGACGCUGUGCUGCCGCAGUUCAUCUCUUCUCAUCUACCUGGAUGGUGGCUCGGACGUGAUGAUGGGCGUAUCUACUGUCCUACAACUGAUGAAGAAAGGUGGAACAAAGAUCUACUAGCCACUGGGUUCUCUGGAGUGGACGCGGCGUACAGAGAUUAUCACGAUCCCAAAAGAUACCUUGCGUCACUUAUCGUCAGCCAGGCGGUCGACGAGCGCAUCAACGUCUUGCGUGAUCCCACUGCUUGGACGAGCGCGAUACCUCCGGUCGAUGAUUUGAUUAUUAUAGGUGGACAAACAUCUCAAGUCGAGAAGAUUGUACAGGCCACAAGAGACCUCCUCCAGCCCAUCGCUUCCAAUGUUAGCCUCAUCAACAGACUUGAAGACGUUAGAGAAGUCCCAGAUGGAGCCACCGUGUUGGUUCUCUCUGAGCUGGACAUUCCAACUUUCCAAGACAUCACGCCAAAGAGAUUCAGUGGAGUUCAGUCAGUGUUUAAAGAAUCCAAAUUUGUUCUUUGGGCCACAAAGGGGUGUCGCGCUGAGAAUCCGCUGAGCAACAUGGUUGUUGGCCUUGGCAGAGCGGCCAUGCACGAACUGCCCAACCUGCGACUUCAAUUCUUGGAUGUGGACACGAUAACCCCAGAACCUCGCUUGUUUGCAGAGACUCUGCUGCGUACAAUUUGCAUCAACUCCGGUGAUUUUGAGGAUGUGCUGUGGGCUGACGAAUGGGAACUUGCCGUGGAGAAGAGUGGUCUCUAUAUCCCAAGAAUUGUUGCCAGCAACGAAAUGAACGACAGACUCAAUUCCGUUCGGAGAGAUAUUACGAGUCCAUUAUCUCUGGCUGAGAACCGCGUCGAGUUUGUGGCUGCUGAAGGGUCGUAUUCGUUCCAAAGAGUGCAAAGCUCAAUCAAUGCUGUUAUUUCACCUGAGCUUGCACAAAUAAAGGUUCACGCUUCAUCUCUGCUACCUAUCAGGGCUAUGAAUAGCAAAGCACUUUAUCUCUGCCUAGGAACAGUUGUCGGAUCAGGUCGCAAAGUCGCACUAUUCUCUCCUUCGGUUCUGUCAACUCUGAAUGCGCCGGUAGCGGAUUUAUUGCCUCUCCCUCAAGACUUUGAUCUUGCAACUGAAUCCCAAGUACUCCUUGGAACUCUUAUUGCCGAGAGCAUUAUCUGUGGCAUCAGAUGGCGCAUUUGGGUCCAUGACGCCGAUGUUUUGCUAGCUAAGCUUAUUGCAAACGUGGCCGCCGCUCAAGGAAUUGAGGUAUUCUUUAGCACAUCUUCGGAAGAAGACUGCAAUUUUGACCCCGCUCAAGUCUUCAUUCACUCAUAUGCUAACGAAAGAGAUAUUCUAUCUCUCCUUCCUGAGAACAUUGAAGCUUUUGUGAACCUAGGGCAAGAAAACAGCGUGCUAACGCACAUCGUUGAGGGUUUUGAGAGCCCCAACGCAAUGAGAAGUGUGCGUGAAGAUGAUGCCAUAUUGUUCAAUUACAGCCGGGGUGACUUGCUCAAGAUUGCGAGGCACCAUGCUUCGACUGGAGCGCCAAAAUUGAGCAUAGACAAUGCUUCUAUCUCUGUAGCUGAGAUCAAGAAGCUGGCUGGCCAAGCGUCAUUGACAACCAUCCUGAACUGGAAUGAUGCUGAGUCGGUGGAGUCCAAGAUCAGCCCUCUUAGACCAUCCGGCCUCUUUACGGCAAACAAGACAUAUCUUCUCGUUGGCUUAGCUUCUCAGCUCGGCAUGUCCAUUUGCGAUUGGAUGGUCAAGCAUGGAGCGCGAUACUUAGUAGUCACCAGCCGAAGCCCAGGUAGAGUUGAUACAGCGGUACUUGAAGAUCUGAGACGCCGAGGUGCCAAUGUCAAGGUUCUUCCCCUCGACAUCACCGAUAAAGAAGGUCUGUUGAGAUUACAUAAAGAAGUCUCUGAGACAAUGCCACCUAUUGCCGGCGUGGCAAACGCUGCAAUGGUGUUGAACGAUAAGCUCUUCGCCAACAUGUCUUUGGAAGACUUCGAGGUGGCACUACGUCCCAAAGUCAAGGGAACGCAAAACCUAGAUGAGCUGUUCCACUCCACUCCUCUGGACUUCUUUAUCUGCUUCUCCUCUUUAACUUGCGUCAUGGGCAAUCCGGGUCAAUCUAAUUAUGCUGCGGCAAACAUGUACAUGCACUCUCUCGUGCGCCAGCGAAAGCAGAGGGGUGUUGCAGCCUCAAUCAUUGAUAUUGCCUUCCUCCUCGGUGUGGGUUUUGUCGACCGCAAUCUAGAGCAGUACGAGGACCACUUGAAGAAGUUCGGAUACAUGAGAAUAUCUGAACCAGAGUUCCACGGUGUCUUUGCUGAAGCCAUUGCUGCAGGGCAACCCACUUCCAAGGAGGAUCCAGAGAUUAUCAUUGGUAUCGGAGAGGAACCCAAUGCGCCGUGGUAUAGCAAUCCUCGAUUUGCAACCUAUGUGCGUCACGAGAGCAAUGAAGAAGACUCAGAUAAUCAACAGGCACAAUCAUCACAGAGUGUCAAGGGCAGACUAGCCGCAGCUAAGAAUAGCGAGGAUGCUCUGGCCAUUUUGCAGGGUGCCUGUGCAGAAAAGUUGGCCAUGAUUCUCCAAGUCCACGCCGACGUCAUUGAUCAUUCUACGCCACUGUUGGUACUGGGAAUUGACUCCCUAGUAUCUGUCGAGAUUAGAUCCUGGUUCCUGAAAGAGGUGAAUGUCGACAUGCCGGUUCUGAAGAUCUUGAGCGGUGCUUCUCUCGCAGAGAUAUGUCAAGAUGCUUUGGUGCUGCUUCCACCGACUCUGAUUUCCUCGGCUGAAACGAGUGCACCAGCAGUCCCGUCUUCUGCGCCCACCGAAGUGUCCACCUUGAAGAUGGAAGACACUGCCAGCGCGCUAAUGUCCAGAGCUUCCACGGGUUCAUCUUCAGUCUCAGAGGUUACAUCACUAGAGGAACCUUCAUACGAACGGGUUAGCGCGAUGACUCCAGGCCAAAGUCGUCUGUACUUCCUAAAUGUCUAUCUGGAGGACAAGUCCACAUACAAUGUCACGAUGUCCGGUAAAUUACAAGGCCCGUUCGAGAUGAGCAGAUUCAAGAAAGCGCUCAGUACUAUUACCAGAAAGCACGAGGGUCUUCGAAGCUCCUUCUUUUUGAACGAUGCAACUGGAAAAGCUAUGCAAGGAGUUGGCAAAGAAGCGCGCAUCGCUAUAGAGCACAAAAACAUCCAAGACAAUGCACAGAUCCAGGCUACUCUUGAUGCUAUCAAGACCACAGAGUUCAACUUGGAGACUGGAGUAUGGAUGAAGAUCCAGGUUCUAUCUCUAUCUCGCACUCAGCAUCACAUUAUCUUUACAUUCCACCAUAUUGCCCUCGACGGUGUCAGCUGGGCCAUUUUCCUCAGCGAACUGAACAAGGCAUACGCGGGCGGUGAUUUUUUAUCACCUGUUCAGCAGGCAAUUGAUCUUGCCAAUAAGCAGCAACAAAAGGCGGCGCCUGAGAAAGUUCAGAAGGAGCUGCAAUUUUGGAAAGACGUCUACAGCACUCUUCCUGAACCUCUGCCUCUGUUUCCCAUCUCUCGAGUCCAGUGUCGACAGUUAUUAAAGUCUUAUGAUACAGAAACGCUCGAUGUGAUGCUCUCCAAGUCGCUGGUUAGCCAGAUCAAACAGGUCAGCGGAGAGAUGCAUGUGACACCCUUCCACUUCUACCUCUCAUCUAUCGCUGCAUUUGUAUCGAGGUGUCUUGGUGUGAAUGACUUUUCCAUUGGAAUUCUUGAUGCAAAUCGCGCAACUGCAGAGGACAUGACAACUAUUGGCUAUUUCACCAAUAUCCUACCUCUAAGAGUCAAGACGGCUGCCGAUGAAAGCUUUAGCACGCUGGCUAAGCAGACUAGAGAUAUCACAUUGGCUGCCCUGUCUAACUCGAAUGCCGAUUUUGAUACGAUACUAGACGUCCUCAAAGUCCCGCGAUCUGGUGACCAGAAUCCUCUUUUCCAGAUCGCUGUUAAUUACCGACUGGGAGGAUCCAGAACUAUGCCGCUUGGUAACUGCGAAAUUGAGUGGACAUCCACAACAGAUGCCCGUAAUCCUUAUGAUCUCAUCAUAGACAUUUCAGAAAUUGCAGAGGGGACUAUCAUCUCGUUCACUACCCAACGCUACCUCUAUAGUGCUGAGGAUACUAACAAACUCUUGACAUGGUAUACCCAUACUGUGGAAGGAUUUGCCAACGACAUCUCUAGGGAAGCACUGGACUGUCUCCUUGCGACUCCCUCUGAAAUCGAGAACGCCAUCUCUCUUAGCCGUGGUGAAAGUCUCGAGAUAGAUUGGAAAGCCCCUACUCUUGCGCACAAAGUCCAAGAGAUUGCAUCACAAUAUCCGGACUCCAUUGCAGUCAAGGAUGGCUACGGUCGGCAACUUACUUAUUCUCAAAUGAUGCAGCGCGUUGGCCAGAUUGCCAGUCAGCUUUCCGAUCUCCCUGCAGGGUCUUACGUUGGAAUCCUGUUGCAUCCGGCUGCCGACUCAAUCUGUGCGCUGAUGGCCAUCUUGAUCCUAGGUCUGGUAUAUGUACCACUCGAUCUGAGAAAUCCAGAAGGUCGUCUCGCUGCCAUUGUGGCGGAUUGCAAACCCAGUGCCAUCAUCUACCAAGAAGAAACUCAGACUACAGCGGAAAAUCUCACAUCAACUGUCGAACAGAGCAAAGCCAAGCUAGUAUGCAUCUCAAAACUCUCGCAGGACGUUCAAUAUUCUGUUCCAUGUGUUGCCAAACCUGAUGCGCCUGGAUUUGCCAUUUAUACCAGUGGCUCGACUGGAACCCCAAAGGGAGUUUUGCUCACUCACCAUGCUCUAUUGAACCAGAUUUGGGCUAUUUCAAAGGUCUAUCGUCUUGGCAAGGAAGUUGUUCUUCAACAGAGCUCAUCUGGCUUUGACCUCCACCUGGAGCAAAUAUUCAGUGCUCUGGCAAACGGCGGCACUGUUGUGGUCGCUUCAAAAGAAGCUCGGGGAGAUGCCAUAGAGAUUGCCAAUCUUAUAUUCUCAGAGGGCGUAACGUAUACCGUAUUUGUCCCUUCAGAGUACCUAUAUUUGCUUCACUAUGGAUCUGAUGUACUCAAGAAGUGCGCAUCUUGGAAGUUUGCAUUUUCUGGCGGUGAAAAGGUUACACCUCAACUCCGCCAAAAUUUCAAGAGGCUAGGUCUCUCAGACUUACAGCUUAUUAAUCUCUAUGGUCCUGCUGAAGCGAGUCUCUCAUGUACAAGAUAUACAGUCCCGUAUGCUACAGAUGAUUCUGAAGCUGCUAGCCCUGCGGGCCUUGUACAGCCCAACUAUACUGUGGUAGUAGUUGAUGGGCGCGGAAACCCGCUUCCCGUCGGCUUUCCGGGAGAAAUUUGCAUCGGAGGCGCUGGAGUUGCUUCUGGAUACGUCAACCGACCUGAAGAAACUGCGACUAAAUUUAUCACCAACACCAUUUCCCCCAGACAAGAGAUUGCUGCCCGAGCAUGGGACAAGCUCUACCGUACCGGAGACAAGGGUCGCAUGCUUGAAAGCGGGCUUUUGGACUUUAUGGGUCGAUUAGAGGGCGACUCACAAGUGAAGAUUCGCGGAAUGCGCAUUGAGCUGGAAGAAAUCGGAAACAUCAUUAUUGAGUCAGCUGGAUCGGCUAUCGUGGACGCUGCCGUGUCGCUUCGCAAUUCGGAUAUGCUUGCAGCGUUUGUUGUCUUCUCGGAUGCGUUCACUGAAGACAGGAAUGUGUUCCUCAGCCAGCUUAAGGCCAAGCUACCCCUACCAGCAUAUAUGUGUCCAACACACAUCAUUGCCAUUGAUGAGAUUCCGAGGAAUGCUAGUGGUAAGAAGGAUCGGUCCAAGAUAAACAAUCUACCACUUCCAUCUGUCGUGGGCAGCGAUGGACAGAAUGAGGGCCUCACCGACCUGGAAGCACAGGUGAUUGCUGUGUGGCAGGAUGUUCUUCCUGCAACAAUCGAACCCAUACAGUUGUCUGCCGAUUCAGACUUUUUCUUCGUGGGCGGUAAUUCUCUCCUCCUGUUAAAGUUGCGUUCUGAGCUUAAAAUGGCUUUUGGGCGUGACUUGACACUGUCCGAGUUGUUCCAAGUGAGCACUGUUCGUGAUAUGGCUUUGAAGAUCCAGGCAGAUGGUUCAAAGAAUGAGAUACAAGGCCAAAGUAUUGAUUGGACCAAGGAACUGCGCUCUCUUUGCGAUGGUCUAACGCCGCGAUCAGACCUAUCUUCAGCUGCAUCAUCAACAACGAAGUCAGCCUUGUCCGUCGUCUUGACAGGAGCGACUGGCUUUUUGGGACGACAUAUACUCCAACACCUUGUCAAUGAUGAGAGAGUCGGUGAAAUACACUGUGUUGCGAUACGACCCGCAGCCAAUGGGGAACUGAGACACGUCGAUAUAUCCAGUCCCAAAAUUGUUGAGUAUGCUGGUGACCUUGGAGAUCGUAACCUCGGCUUGUCAUCUUCGGAAUUGAAGAAUCUGGUUUCUCGAGCCGACGUUAUAAUCCACAACGGCGCAGAUGUAUCUUUCAUGAAGACAUACCGCUCGCUACGUCAGCCAAAUGUUCUGUCUACUCGAUAUCUAGCCGAGAUGGCACUCGCAAGAUCAAUUCCAUUUCACUUUGUCUCGACUGCUUCCGUGGCAAAUUUCCAUGUCGGCAAGCAUCUACCCGAAACAUCAAUCCAAGGCCUCGAUAACCUACCCAAAGAUGGCCGAAACGGAUAUGCAGCAUCUAAAUGGAUGAGCGAGGCACUUCUGGAAUCACUUGCAGACGAUCACGGAGUACGCAGCUGGAUCCAUCGCCCAACGAGCAUUAUUGGGGUCGAUGCACCAGAAAUGGACAUUGUAGCAUCAUUGUACAACUACUCCAAGCUUCUCAAAGCGGUGCCGCGGUUCCCCAAGGCUGUCAGCGGCACAUUUGACUUUGUUUCCGUGCAAUCUGUAGCGAGCAGCAUUGCUGAUGCAGCGAUCGCUUCCGUGAGCGCAGAUGGAAAAGGCAGUACACAUCGUGUGCCUCUUCAGGAGUUUGCAAAAUACAUGGAAAAGACUGAGGGCGGCGUGUUUGAUGAACUGGAGUCGAAGGUUUGGUUCGAAAAGGCACGCGAGGCUGGUCUAAAUAGGCUCGUGUGUGAAUAUUUGGAGAGUACUGUCGGCGCUGGUGAGAUUCUGUCGCUACCAACGCUUUUGAAGGGGGGAAACUAG